CCCGGGGCUGCCGGUGGCUGCUGGGCAACGGGAGGCCGCUGCCGGGGUCGGAGUUCACGGGACAGGUUUGCUCGGCGAGGGAGUGGAAGGUCCUAUGCGCGUUGCUGUCCACCUCUGCGGCCGCGCAACCAGGAGACGACAGAAAUGAUGAACCGAGAAGAAGCCGAGAUACAAAUUUCAGAAUUGGAUUUACUCUCUAGCAUGUUUCCUUACGAGGAAGAGUUCAUUGUGACUGACCAGCUGGCUGUGGCAGAACUGAAGCACUCUGUUGAAAAUGAGUCUGCAGAGAUGCCAUCUUCAAAAGUUCAGUUUAUACUGAAUGUAAAGACAGAGGUCUCUAAUGCCUCUUUGGUGGAAUUCUCUAUGUCCUGUGCUUUACCACUUAAAUAUCCAACUGUUCUACCAGAAAUUACUGUGAGGUCACCAUUAUUAAGCCGUUCACAGCAGAUUCGUCUGAACUCUGAUCUAAAAAUGUAUUUGAUGCAAAACUGCAGUAGUGAGCCUUGCAUCCUGAGUGCAAGGGAAUGGGUUAAAGACCAUGCGGCUGCUUACAUUGACAAAGAGCUGUCGUCUUCUCCAGUGACAACAUCAAAUGCCAUGCAGUCAGAAGUCGUGUUCACUCGAUUGUGGAUAUAUAGUCAUCAUAUUUACAACAAGCAAAAAAGAAAGAAUAUUAUUGACUGGGCCAAGGAACUCUCUCUGUCUGGGUUUUGCAUGCCAGGGAAACCAGGUGUUGUUUGCGUGGAAGGUCUACAAAGUAGCUGUGAAGAGUUCUGGUCAAGAGUAAGAAGAUUAACGUGGAAAAGGAUUCUCAUUCGGCACAGAGAAGAUGUUUCUUUGGAAGGUGGAGGACAGGUUGAGAUUCAGAAACAAAGAAAGUUUUCCACUUUGGAAGAAAAAUGCUUUGAUGCACAUGGAGCCAGAGGAAAUCACAUGGAUUUGGGGCAGCUCUAUCAUUUUUUAGAAGAAAAAGGAUGCGCUGACAUUUUUCAAAUGUACUUUGGGGUCGAAGGGCAUUGAAGGGGUUGAAGAUCACCACAGGUCCAAGUGCCCUCAUUUGUACAUUAAUCCUUGUAACAGAUUCCUUAGCUUUUCUGCAACAGUUGAUUAGAGAGGGAGUUAAUAACUCAUGGUUUAUAUGUUUAAUGCAGUUUUCAUUGAAAACAAAUACCUGGUGAAAUCCUGAAUAAUGGUAAUGACUAAGUGGAUGCUUUAUUACACUUUCUGGUUUUAAGGACAUUUAGGGUAUAUACCUAAUAAAAAUGAAUAACCUACCAAGCAGUUACAGAAUUAUAAAUGAAUAAAUAGAUGGACUUAUGGUGAAAGAAUAUAUGAUUAUGAAGAGACAAAAAUUAAGUGUAGAUGUCUCAGGAGACAAAAUAUUAUGUUUACAUUAUUUAUUACUGUUUACAUACACUACAGAAAGACUUUUUUGUAAUGAUCUUUUCUACUACUUUCUACCUAAAAAUAUGUUAAGCCAUGAGAUUUAAUAUUUUAUUAAAAAAAACAGAAAAAAGGAGGGAAUGAGUUCAUAAAAGUCUUGUUCAUGUAAACAAGAGGAGCUAGGAUGCUGGCUCUUAAGAAUUUUCUGUAGGAAAAUGUGUAUGUGUGGGUAAGAGAGGUGCUAUGGUGGCUCCACUAGGUCUGUAACUGAGGAGUCUAGUGUGUUUACUCACGUAAAAGCAGAAGUUAACCAAGGAUUGCGCUGCCUUACAGCUCACUCCAAAACAGUAGACCGAUCCUCACCCUGCUGAAACCAUCAGUUCAGGCAAUUACUCUAAUUUUAGAGUGAGUUGUGCUGUCUACACUUUAUAGAGUCUGGUUUCAACCAUGUUGUAUCAACAAAUGCUGAUCUGUUUCUUGGCUUAUGGAUUCUGUACCAAAAUCACAUACGUGUCAUAAAAAGCAGACCUGGGUUGCUUCUGAUGUUGAUUAAAUGUUUGUGG